AUGGCGACUUCGGCGGUGGGGCCGAUUUUCGGCGUCCUGGGUAGCUGCAUGGGCUGCAUGGUCUUCGUGGAGAGCAUCGCCAAGUUUGUUUAUUUUUUUUCGAAAGAAGAAAAAAAAACCAAAAACAGAAAAACCUUGAUAAAUUGGAAUCAUUUUCUGAAUUUUCCUGUUCCACUAUUUUGUCGUCGGACAAGGAAGGUCAUUCUACUUUUUGAUUGGGAUCUUCCUGGAAAUUGGCCAGAGCUUCAUGAUCUACCAGAAAAAGACUCUGAGACUCCAACUGCCCAAAUUUCUACUUUUAAAUGAGGACACCUCAAAGACAAAUCCUGAAAAAGAAAAAGCCUGAAAUUCUGUUGAAAAACCAAGCAAGGCUUUUUUGUUCAGACAAGAGCCCUCGGCCAUGAAUCUGAUGACCUUCUCGACGUUCCUGUUCAUCGCCACCCAUGGCCUUUUCUUCACUUCCAAGUUUUUCACCGUCAAGAAUCAGAUACCCCUAAAGUGAGCUGUUUUUUUAGUUUUAUAAAGAAAAAUUUUAAGAAUUGAUUUCCAUGCCGUUUUAAAGUAAUUUUACGAGAGUUUCAAAAUGACACGUUUUUUUUUUUUUAAAUGGUUCGAAAUUGCAAUUCUGGGAGCCGUUGAAAUUUGAAAAAAAUAAAUUUCUGCGGGCCGUUAGAAAUUGGGUCCUACAACGAUAUAUCGUGAUACUUUUAGGCGAAAAUUCGAAAUUUUUAUUAAAGGAUGCCCGAAAAUUUCCAAAAUUUUAAUUUUGCCGCUUCAAAGUCGCUCUUUCGCUUUGGGAACCAAUUUUUCUCACGCUUCUCGAAAUUCCAAUUUAGCUUAUUUCACGAAAUCAUUUUUGAACGAGUUUGGAAUUUUUACGCCGUUUUUGAAACCGCCGAAGUUUUAGAAUAGUUGAUGGGAAAGUAAAAUUUUUGAAACCUUUUAAAAGUAGUCCAUAGUCAGGUUUUACUUUGAGAAAAAUCCGUUUAUUGUGUUUCAUAUUGGAUUUGAAUUAAUGAAAAAAUUAUCAUGUUGCCCGCUUGAAAAAAUGUCAAACCAAAAAAAAACAAAUAGGAAGAAGUUUGAGACUGAUAGGAAGAAGAUUGAAACUUCCCGAAAAUGAGGAAAGAAUUCUAGAGGAUACGUGAAGACGGUGAGCAUGUUCUUCAUCGUCAACGUCGUCAAUAACCAGGCCUUGAAUUUCCAUGUUCCUGUACCUCUUCACAUUAUUUUCCGAUCGGUUUGCGACGUUUUUUGAAGUAUACAUUCAAAUUUUUGAAAGUUAGAGAGCACUGUGAGAAAAUAGUUAAGAGAAAAAAAACUACGCCCUCUCAUUUUUGAACACUCUCUCAAUUUCGAUGGUCAGAGCCCAUCUUCAAGAAUUAGAGAGCACUUGAAAACAAGAGAGCGUUCAGAGAAAAAGAAAUAGUGAACCCUCUCAUUUUUGAAAGUUCAAGCUGAGCUUCGAGAGCUAGAGAGUACUUGAAAACAAGAGAUCGUUCAGAGAAAAACAACUCCCGAACCUCUCAUUUUUGAACGCUCUCUGACUUUUGAAAUUUCGAGUCCCGAAGAUUCGUGCAUCUGAAUUUGGAAAUUCUCCAGGGAUCUUUACUAGCGACGCUACUUCUGUCAGUAUUUCUUGUCGGCAAGAAGUACAGUAUGCGAAAGUACGUCUCCGUGGUGGCCAUCACGGUCGGAAUCAUCAUCUGCACCUUGGCCACGAGUUCUCAGGAAAAGGUUCGCCGAUCUCGAAAUAAUCUGACUGCAGCCAGGUCGGUUGCUCGAAGGAUUACAUUACCACGAUCUCACUUUUUCAAACUCUUAUUUUUGGAAAUAAGAGUGGAACCUGGAGAAACCCCAGGAAAAUUACCAAGCUGGCCUUAUUUUUAAGCAAGAAGUUAGGCUUUUUUUUCUCAUUGAAACUUUCAACUUUAAGUAUUUUUUUAAAAAAACCAAAAAAAUUUACUUCGAGAAAUUUCAACAGCUGUCCUAAAUCUCAUGCUUAAUUUUAGACUUUCGAUAGAAAUCAGGCUUGAAAAUUUAAACAAAAUAACAAAGUUGAAAUUUUUCAUCAUAAAAUUUUCUAUUCUUCAUAUUUUCCAUUAACUAAAGAGUUUUUUACACUACAGCAAAUCUCGAAGGGAAAAAACUGGUCUAAAUCCGUUUCUUCUUCAUUGAAUUUUCCGAGAAAUUAGGCUUAAACGUCCUGAAAAACAUCCGAAAAGCUUCAAAUUUCCGCUAUAAACUUUCUAAAAAUCAAAGAAGUCCUUAAACUAUAAGAUCAUGAGAAUAAAACCCUAAGAAAGUUGCACGACUGGCCUAAAUCUUCUAAAUCUCUAAAGCUCCACAUUUUACGACUUUUUGUCAGAAAUUGUGUUUUAAAAUCUAAAAAAUUUCAUUUUUAAUCAUAAAAUUUUCCAUUCUUAUUAUUUUCUAAACAACCAAAGAGUUUUUGAAACUAGAGGAACUUGCCUGCUAAAACCAGUUUUGACUUUUCGUUUUUUACUUUUUGAAUUUACAGAACAGCGGAUUGUCGAUGGAAGAAGCUUCAAAGCAUUACAAGGAAUGGGCCAUCGGUAUAAUCGGAAAUAUUGAUUUUUAUUGAACUAGUGAUAAUUAAGGAAUCGGAAUGUUGACCUUCGCCCUUCUCGCAUCUGCCUACUUGGCGAUCUGCCAGCAGCAAAUGUACGAGGUCUACGGAAAGCAUCCGGACGAGGCCAUGUUCAUUACUGUGAGACAUUUUUCAAGUUUUUGGGCAUUAAAAACAACUUUUUUUUUGAAAUUCAACCCGAAAAUUUCAACUCCGUGUACAAACUUUGUAAGUCCUGAAAAGUUUUCUAAUUUUUUUUUUCAUUUCCAAAUUUUUGUAUUUUUAAGAUUCCAGUGAGUCCGAGCUCAAAGACUUUUUUAACCUUCUGUUAAACGACAGAGUGGUCCCUAGAGUGAUAAACUUGGGGAAUCUUGUACGUUUCCCUUAAGGGGCCGCUCUAGGGGAGGAUUAGAAUAGUUUACUGUUUCAAAUCCUAUGAGAACAAAGUUAAAAUACCGUUAUAGGGACCACUUGAGCUAUAUGGACAUAGAGGUCAUUUCUACAUAGACCGACCAAAUUUUAGCCCUCUAGGGGACACUAUUUCGUCCAUUAUAGAGGCUUUUUUUCCCUAACCACUCUAGUGACCACUCUGGGGUUCCUAAGAAAACCACGUUUUCCCAAUUAAAAAGGUCAAGAAAGUCAGCAUUCUCCUAAAUUGAACCAUUUCUCUGAAUUUUAGCAUUUCGUAUCCCUGCCGCUCUUCCUCAUCAUGGGCGGUGAUAUCCUCUCAGCUGCCGACAAAUUAUCGGUUUUUUUCCUCUUUCGAUCCUUAUUUAUGAUAUUUUCAGGCUAGUAAGCCUUACCCCAUUCUCUCGUCUUUUCUCCCCGUUCCUUCGCUUUGGGUCGACCUUUUCGCCAGCUGCAUCCUACAGUAAGUUUCGAGUCAAAAAUUUAAGCGAAAAAAAAAAACUAAGAAGAACGUUUUUUUAUAUUUUAAAGACGACUAGAAAAAUUAGGUGAAGGUACCGUCGAAAUCUUAAAGUAGACUGAACUUCUUUUAAAUGUUCAUUUUGAGUUUUGAAUUUCUUUCUAUUGAAAAAAAGGUAUGAAUUCUCUCUUCCUGACUGAUAAACUGACCCGAGUUAAACAUUUGAUAAAUUCGCGAAUGUUUCUAAUUUUAUUUGAAGACCUGUUUUGAAUAAAGAGUAUUAUUUUCAAAAAGUAAAUUUUCAACAAAACAUCUUAUUUUUGCGAAAUUUUUUUAGCUUUUGGUAGGAGUUUUUAUUUGCUCCAAGAGUAACACCACCCUCAGAAAAUUGCCUAGCUUCACAUAAAAAUGGAAAGUCUUCUAGAUACUUGUGCAUCAAGUACGUCUAUCAGCUCAACUCUCGAGUCGACUCGUUGACCGUCACCUUGGUCGUGACCCUCCGCAAAUUCCUGUCCCUCAUCGUCUCCAUCAUCUACUUCAAGAACCCCUUCACUCGUAAGGAACUCUUUCUUUCUUCUCAAUCAGAUCAUUUGUUCCUCUUCCAAAACGUCUCAAGCAUUUUGAAAAUUUCACCGAGAGAAUUUUUUUCAGUGGACCUUCUAAAAUUAGAGUUGUGACAUAAAAAAAAAAAAUUUCAAAAAAUACCCGCGAAAGUUCAAAUUUCGAUUGUUUCUUCUCAAAAUUGACCCCUUCUAUCAUUCAAUCCCUCUACAGCCACUCAUUGGCUCGGCGCGGUUCUCGUCUUUGCUGGAACCUUGGCUUUCGCCGACAUUUGGGGCACCAACGCCGCCGGAAAACCGACCGCCGAGAAAAAGAAACAAUAG